AAUUAAUUUUUUUUUGGAAUAACUAGGUUUCUCCGAUGGUGAAGCAUCAUCAUCAAGAAACGUAUAAUGUUCUUCAGCACAAUAAUAACCAAACGACGUUUCUGAAAAGUUUGGAUAGACAAAGUGGUUUUCAUCUUCCUCAGAAUUUUACGAUGAAUGAUCAAUUGAAGCUUGGAAAUCAUUCGCAAAACGCCCGUCUUACCCCUUUCCAAGUACCCGAAUCGACUCCUCAGAUGAUGUCAACAAAUACCGUUGAUUGGGUAGAUCAAGCAUGCCACAAGAUUCUUCAGAUGAAAGAGCACUAUUUAGCCGAGGUGACCAAGAUAUACCACAAAUCAACAGAAGCGAUCCGCCACGCAACCACGACGGAGCAACUCAGCAAAGGGCAGUACGCGAAAGAAUCCUCGCAAAGAAUGAUUAAAUUCCUACAUUGUACGAGGUUGGACAUUUCACGUUUGCCGAAGGAAAAGGUGUGUAAUUACAUCAGCCGGUGCGUAAAGUUUAUCAACACGGCUAGAGCUUGGUUCCCCGAAGCAACCCCCCACAUGCAGCAAAGACUUAACCCGGAAACCCCGAUUCUGAAUCCCUCGUCGUCGACGAUGGUCAACUCGGUUCAGUACAGCCCGAUGAGGUCCGCUCCUCCUCAGAUGUGGGCCCCACACGGGAAUAAUCUUUCCAAGAUGCUCCAUUCUUCGAACAACAACAACAGCAGCAAUAAUAAUAAUAAUAAUUUGGCGAUUGCUUCACAGAAGAUUGCCAUGAGGAACAUGUGCAACUCGUUGGAUUACUCCGUCGGCGCGACGAACAUGCAGCAAGAUUUAUCUUCGUCGGCCGCGAGAAUGAAGACGAAGCAGCCGAUGCAGCAGCUGAGGCGUUUCGUGGGGUUGAAUCAAAAAACCGUUUCUCCUCAGAAUUCGCAGAGUUCGUCGAAGCUCUCGAUUUCCGCAACCCCUUCGACGUGCUCGUCGCCACUUGCGAUUCCUUCUCCCCUGAGUACUCCGUUAAUGGCAGAUUCGGGAAAGAGUCCGUUUUCCGUUGAGGAGAGCAGCAAAUUUCCCGACGUCUCUCCUACGCCGCUUGAUAUUACUACUGAGGCAUUAGGGUUAGCGAAGUCAAAAUGCGUCGAGAGAGAAUCUACUUGCCUAUCCGAGGAAAAAGAAUCGCGCCGCGAUGAAAAAGAACCGAUGAAGCACUUAAUCGACGUGGUUCCUGAAGUCGGUUUCGACCGGAGCGUUGACUGCUGCAUUGUCUGA